AUGAGGCGUUCGCUGGUCGAAGGCCAGGAGCUCUCCUCCUUCCAGCAGCAAGCGGUCAUCUGGACACCGGACAGCGUCAGGCAGGCCCUGGACAAUGUCGUCAAGCAGAACUGCUGCUGGGGAAAGAAGCCCGUGGAGGAGAUGGAGAUCAAGAGCAUGAUGCAGUCUGACCUCUGGUACAUGAAGAUGACAUCCUUCACAGAGUCACGCUCCACUGAGAAGAAGUCGGGGCCCUACAAGGGUGAGGACGUGGAUAAGGACGGCACACCACCUGGCGAGUGGAGUAUGGACGUCCCGCAGCCGGAACAUUUCGAGUCUUCCACGAAGCGCUACAAGGUCCCUUAUUCGGACGUGCUGACCCAGUGCCAGAAAUGCGACGGCCGGGGCAACAUAACUUGCAAGCCGUGUGAUGGAUACGGAUGGAUUUGGUGUAAGAAGUGCAACGGCAAGAGAUGGCUAUGGUGCUCGAAGUGUGAGAAGAAAGGCACUGCUGGCAAGGGUCGUGGCUCCACAAGUGGGAGUGGAGAGAAAGGUGGGGGGAAGGAGAGUUCCAAAGGACAUGACGAAAAGGGUGGUGGCAAGGAUAGCUCCAAGGGAAAAGGCGACGUCGAUCAGGAUGAUAAAGGCAAGGGUAGGGGCUCCAUGGACAGCUCCAAAGGUGCGGAGAAGCUCUUCUCUCACUGGAUGGGCUUGAUUUUCUUCCUGCUGCGGAAAGGCAAGGGCUACGACGACAAGGGGGACGGAAAAGGCAAAAGUAGCUAUGACGACUCCGGCAAAGGUAGGGGCUCCAUCGAGAAGGGCGCGGGGAAGGAGAGUUCCAAAGGACAUGAAGAAAAGGGUGGUGGCAAGGACAGCUCCAAGGGAAAAGGCGACGUCGAUCAGGAAGACAAAGGCAAGGGUAGGGGCUCCAUGGACAGCUCCAAAGGCGCGGAGAAGGGCAGUGGGAAGAGCAGCUCCAAGGGAGAAGAGAAAGACAGCUCCUCUAGCUCAAGCUCGAGCGACGCUGAGGAAGAGGAAGAGUGUGGCAUCUGCCAGAACUCGGGUUGGUAUUGGUGCAAGCCUUGCGACAGCAAGGGGUGGAAGCAUUGCCAGAGGUGCAAGGAAAGUGGCAGAGUUACCUGCGAAGACUGCGAAGGGUGCGGGAUGUUCUUGAGCUUCUCUGAGCUUGUCGUGGUGCACAGCAACCACAAAUGGGAGAAGAAAUGGAGUGCGGCAGAAUCACCGGUGACCAUCCAGGAGCUCCGCGAGUCGUCUGGCCGGGUGAUGUGUUUUCAAGCCAAGUGGGUGGAGGAGGAGUUUCACCGGGCCAACGUCGCUCCCGACCCGAAGAACGCGCUCAUCGAGCUGAUCCAGCAAGGCACCAGACAUGGUGUUGGCAAAGACGAAUAUCUUCACAUGCAGAAGCUUGAAGUCAAGCAAAUCCCGUCCUGCAAAGUUCUGGCGGUCUGGAAGGGGAAGGAGUUCUCCUUCUCUGUUUUCGGCGAGGAGAUGAGUGUCAGCGCGGAGGAAUAUCCGGAGCAGUGCUGCGGCUGCUGCGUUAUCCAGUGA